AAAUUUAUUAUAAAAUUAGAUGUGAGAUUGUGUCGAAUAAUGGCGGCACAUAAAAAAAAAACAUUCAAAUAUUAAAUGUAUAAAGAAGGAAAUAAAAAUAAUGGAGAAUACAAAAAAAUGGAAUCAUCUAAUACUAAAACGGGAAUCACAGUAAAAAAAAUAUAUUAUAAAAAUUUAGUUAGUUAUAUGGCAAAUGCUGAUUUUAAGUAUUUAAGAAAAAGCAUGAAACUUGGAAUACUACUAAUUGUUUUAAAAAAUUUAAUUAUUUAAAGAUGUAAGUUAUCUGGUAUUAAUUUAUCACAUCUAGGAUUUGUGAUAUUCAUGUUUAUAGUUAUAUAUUUUUACAAAAAAUUUCAAACAUAUAUAAAGUUAACACGUAUAAAAGCUGAUAUAUAUAAUACGGCAUAUCCUUCUUUCCGUAAAGUA